ACCCUGUCUGUUGUGUUGCAGUGUUGAGCAAGAGAGUAAUUGUCUGGGCCAUACGGGCAAGGAGGUCUGCUUGGGUGUUAACUGUUUGUUUGAUUUUAAAUUAGCUAAUAUGUCUGGUACUUUCAGUUUCAAAAAAAAAAAAAAAAAAAAAAAAACAGCAGGCUUUUAAAACCACCCAGAUACUCCUGACUGAAGACGCUACACUUUCUACUAUAGGCUGAGAUUAUUAUAAUUAUUAUUAUUUUUAAAUUUGUGCUCAAGCUUCCUGGUUCAUGUCGGUAUUUAGUGACACUGGUUAUUUAGAUGGAGGUUUCAGACUGUAAAAUAAUGAUCGUUUCAUUUGAAAUAGCGCGUUACAGAACAUCAGGUUUGUCUUGAUAAUUUCUGACACCAGAAUUUAUGGACUGGGCUGUGCCACUCGUAGUUCUGUGGUGGUGUUGUUUUGCUUCUGCGGUUACUCACAGGCUGGACUAUUUGUUCACCGCUACCACACAAAACAGUGGGUUGCCAUCGGUUGUAGCGGUGGCAAUUGUCGACGGAGUUCAGAUUGAGUACUAUGACAGCAACAUCAAAAAGGUGAUCCUCCGACAGGACUGGAUAGAGAAUGCGCUGGAACCCAAGGCUUGGACCACACACGUGGAUGAUGCUAUUGAACAAAAUUAUAAGAUGGAAAGGGCUUUAAAAAUGACGAUGGUACAGUUUAACCAUACCAAGGGAAUCCACACUUACCAGAGGUGGGGCGGCUGUGAAGUGAGUGAGGAGAGGAGCAAGAUUUAUUGGAGUGAUGCAUAUGACGGAAAUGUUUUUGUUAAAUAUGAUGAGGCGAGCCAGACCUGGACCGCCACCAUGGAGAAGGCUUCCUUCUUUAAACGCAAAUGGGAGGCUAGUCGGCCGUUCAAAGAAUUCAUAAGGACGAUUUUUCAGGAGGAGUGUAUCAAGCUUGUGAGGAAGUACAGUCCGAAUGUAAUACAAAUUCUAGAGAGGAAAGUUCCCCCUGAAGUGAGGCUGUUACAGAAGAAAGCUAGUCACACUGACCCUGCAGUGGUCACCUGUCACGUGACUGGGUUCUAUCCUCGAGAUGUCAAUGUGACCUGGCUGAGAGACGGGCAGGGUCCACUGGAGGAGGGGGUGUGGAGUGGGGAGGUGCUGCCCAACAUGGACGGGACCCACCAGGUUAGAAAGACCCUGACCGUGAGCCCGGAGGAGCAGGCGAGACACAGAUACACCUGCCAGGUGGACCACGCCAGCCUGGGGGAGAAGAUAGAGGAGGAGUGGGUUCCAGAGCCUGGUCCACACCAUUGGUUUAUUGCUCUAGGAGUGUUGGGUGUUCUGAUUAUAGCAGUGAUUGCUGGAGUUCGCAUCUGGAAGCAAAGGCACGCAGAAAUCUGACUACUCACAAACUACAACAAAUGAGCAGAGUGAUGAAACUUCCGCUCCUCCAACAAUUCCUGAAUCUUAUGGACAACUGUUAAAAUGUAAAUCUGUGCAGUAGGCCUAUGCAAUAUACAGUACAGUAGUAUAAUCAAAGGAAUACCAAUAGUUCACUUUCUUUUUAUUCUAAUAAAGGAUCCUGCUGCACUGUACACAUUACUGCACACAUAACUGUACUGCAGUGAGGGGACAAAAAGAACAGACAAGUCGGUUAGGCCUGGAUUCAGUCUAACAUAUGGCAGAGCGAUAGACAAUGGUCGUGCCAUGAAUUUGAUUUAAUUCAGGCCUUAGUCAGAGUGACUGUUUGCUGUAUGUUUUCUCCUUUCAUGCUGGUAAUUACUUCAAAAUAUAUUAUUUCUUAUGUUUUUUUAAUGUCAUUUUCCCCUAAAAAAUGUUCUUAGUUUUAAUGUGACUUGUUGGUUCUCAUUUACAUGUAGAGAUAAGUAGGAAUAACUGUCCUUUGAACAUAUAUUUUUAAACACAUUUCUAUUUGUGAAAUAUAUAAUAAAAGCAAUAUAUGCAUAAGCUUGUCAUAUAGUUUACCACAUCCAGGUGCUUUAAAUAUAUUCUAACUUUGCCCAAUAUUUGUUAUUGUAUAUUAUCAAUGCAUUUUAUUGAAAUGCCUAAAAAUAUAUUUUGCAUAUUUUUACAAUACAAUUUCUAUUUACUCUGCAUGCAUGUGACUUAUAUUUGGAAUUUGGUUUCUCUCCUAAAAGGGAUUAAAAUGUAGUUUUUAGAUGUUCUGUUUUUUUCUUUUUUUACUUCUGUACAUUACUACAUAAUCGUGCUUUCUUUUUUUGAAGUGUAAAGUGCUGGAAUGCUGUUUACAAAACAUUUUAUACAACUUCAGCAAAUAAACUGACACCGUUUAUAUUUUGUCAUG